AUGAUUGCUAUAACAAGAUUGGAAGCAGUUCAAUGCAUUAAUAAAGAAUUGGGCACAAAGUAUACAAUUUUCGAAGAUGAACCAACAAAAGAUUAUUUUAAAAUAAAAGAAGGUGCAAAAAAAUUAACUAUUACUUUCUACCACUCAACUAAUAAUAUCCAAAUUCAAGGUUGUCAAGAAGAAGAACGUGUAAAAAUUAAGAAUCUUUUAAUGGAAUUGAAUCACCAAAAGAAUUAUAAUAAUAUUGAAAAUUCUUUCUCAAAAGCUACAGAUUUAGAAACAAAAAAAGUAGAUAAAAAAGAUGCAGAUGGUGCAAACACCACUCAACAGACACCUAAAAAACUAAAAGCUUUAGUAGUUAACGGUAAUAAUGAAAUUCAAGAAAAGUAUUCUAAAAUGCUCGAAGAUAUGAACAUUUCAAUAGUAUUAUUGGAAAGUAAGAAUGGUAAAACCGACAUUAAAAACUUUGAAAAAAUAAUUGAUGGAUGUGAUUUUUGCCUUGUAUUUGUCACUUAUGAUCUAGAAUCCCACGACCCUGAAUAUGAAGAACAUUAUUACCCAAGAUUUAAUUUGAUUUUCGAAAUGGGUCUAUUAUAUGGUUUAAUGGGUAAAAAUAAUACAAUCUAUGUAGAUUUGGCUCCAAAAGGUAAUAAAUUACAUGACUUUAUUGCUGAUAUUCAAGAAUUAAUUUGUGUAUCCAAUGAUAAAGAUUUAAAGAAAAAACUCGCCAAAUUAGUAAAACAACACCAAGGUUAA